CAAGAAUGCUUUUUGGUACAAUAAGUACCCAAAGCAAGUAUAAUCACAACAAGUACGAAAACCACUGCCCUUUUUGAAACGGUAAAUGUACCUACCUUAUGUACUUCUUUCAAACAGGUCUCAAAAUUGUCCCAGCUUGUAAAUCUUCGAGAUAAAAUAAUAUCAUUGAUGAUUCUUCCUAUAUCAUCACGAUGUCAUCGUCUUCGUUACUUGAAGAAUGGAAGUUAUUAGACAGGGUGUGGCUGAACUCAACUCAAAUCUAGAAAUGUCUUGAUUUGACAGCUGAAAAACUUCAUGAGUUGUCGAUGCGACGCACCUAUCAUCUUGCGACAGUUUGACCUUCAAGUGCUCGAACCUCCAUCAGUGGAAGAUACCUUUGAAGCGUUGCCGACUUCGUAUCCUUAUUAUUGAAAAUGAAAGGUAUUGAUUAUUGUAUUUCUUAAAAACAUGCGUUACUCGGAUAUAGCUUAUUGAAGUUGGGUGUGAUAUUAAGCACUAAGCCUGCUAAGUCUUAGUAGAAAAUUGACGAGAUCUAAGUAAACUUAGUUAAACGUCCAGGUAGUUGCUUCUUGAGAGAUCAUUGGUGCACCAUGCAAGUAAAUAUAUCUGUUGUCCUGUUCUCUUUGCUUAUGAAAGUUUUCGUUCAAAUAUCACCUUGUAAUUCAUAAGUGAAAGAGUUCAAAUAAAGUUUGUAGAUUUCGUUUAAUAUUGAUUACACUAGCCAACUUCACUACUAACUAGAGGCUGUUUAAAAACUAUUUCGUCUGUUAACUAAAUACCUGAAAACAAUAGUUGUCUUUAACAUGAACCACAUUAAUAUUUCUUCCAAUUGGAAAUACACUCUAAAGCUUUAGAGCUUAACUCCUAAUUCAAAUUUGUUCUUCAACAACUGAGUUUUCUGACAGGCUUCUGUUCAAAUGGCUCAAAUGGUUGUGGACGGAAUAGAAGAAGCUUUUGCUUAACAGGCUUCCGUGUCUAGUAGCAGGGGAUCACCAAUACCUCCAGGCAGGAACUUAGGUCUGUUAACGAUAAAAGAGGAGAAAGAAGUCGGUAAAUCAUAAUAUGACACUAUCCUUAGUCCUUAAGAAUAGAUCAAGUUGCCUCUUGAAGGACUCCUGAGAAGUCGCUUGGCCGACAGCGAAUUCCAGCAUUUGACAACUCUUAAGGAGUAGAAGUUGUGUCUAUAGUCCGUUCUGCUAUGCUGUGUCUCCAAUUUUUGGGGGUUACCCCUUAGAUUAGUGUUGGAACUAAGCUUAAGCAGGUGUUUAAGAGGAUGUCCAGAAGUGUUAAGGAUAAUGUAAGCCAUCAGAAGGUCACCUCUAAGACGUCUGUACUCUAAUUGGUAAAGCUUAAGUGAUUAGAGGCGCCCUUUAUAAUUUUUAAAUUUGAGUCCUCGAACUGAUUUCGUGGCUCGCCGUUGGAUACACUCCAAAGUGUCCUUACCCUUUUGGAGUGAGGGAGGAAGUACUAUGUUUCCGUACUCUAGAUGGGGACGGAUAAAACUAUUGAGGAUUAUAUGGAAAGUUCUUCCGUCAAACUGGCCAAAAAUGCGCUCCAAUGUUACCAGUGCAAGGUUUACUCGAAAGGUAUUUUUGUCACAGUUAGCGUAAGACUUUAAAUCGUGUGGCACCAGGACUCCUAAAUCUUUCUCUACUUGGGAUACUAAUAGGGAGGAAUUUCUUAAGUUGUAACUGUAGUCUGCGACAUGUCUCAGGUGGACUACUUUACACUUUGAAGUGUUAAAGGUAAGUCCGUUAUCGUCUGCCCAACUUUGAAGUCGAGUCAGAUCCUCCUGAAGUGCCUGUAUAUCGUCUUGGUUGCAUAUCUCUCUCUCCAAAGUUUCACGUCAUCAGCAAAAAGUAAUAAGUCUGACGUUACCUGUUGAGGAAGAUCAUUUAUGUAGAUCAAGAAGAGAAGAGGUCCUAGUACUAAGCCCGAGGGAACCCCACUAAGACAUUCCAUAGCCUGAGAAAAAGUGAAAUUAGUCCUGACCUUAAAGUGUCGAUUUUUCAGGUAUGAAGUGAGCCAAUUGAUUAGAGGUGGUCUGAUACCCAAUCGUUUGAGCUUAUUGAUAAGAUAUAUAUGGUUAACCUUAUCAAAAGCUUUUGAGAAAUCUAGGUAGAUGGUGUCAACCUUCCCCUUGCGAUCGAGGAUGCUUGUCCAUCUGUCCACCGCAGUCAGCAGGUUGGUUAUACAAGAGUAGCCCUUCCUGAAACCAUGCUGUUGGGGUGAGAAGAAAUUUAAGGACAGUAAAUAGUCAUUUAUACCGUCGCAUAUCAGGGACUCCAUGAAUUUUGAAGGUGUAGAGAGAAGAGCCACAGGCCGGUAACUUGAAGGUUCUCUGCGUCGACCUCCUUUGAAAAUUGGUGUGAUGUGAGCUAGUUUCCAAUUUUCCGGUAGUUUUCCUCAGCUUAGCGCGUGUGGGAACAUCACGCUAAGCGGCGUUGCCCGGAUUGAGGCUGCUUCCCUUAGUAUAGCAGGAUGGACCAUAUCCGAACCAGACGUGUCUGUUCUUAAGUGCUGCAGUUUCCGGAACACCAAGUCAGCGCUUAGGUUCACUUCGGAAAGUACUUUACAGUUGCAGAUAAAACUGUCAUCAGUGUGGUUGAUGUGGGUCGGUUGAAAUGUCCGAGAGUAUUGUUCAGCCAAAAGGUAGGCGGCGUCGCCGUCGUUAUUGGUCGGGCCGUUAAGACCUAGCAGUUGGGAAACUCCAGUUUUGGCUUGACGAAGAGAGGCUGCAUAACGGAAUAAGCUUUUCAGAUUAGUGAAAAAUUUAUCCAUAAACUUUAUCUGGUACUGAAGCCUAUCUUCUCUUAUAGCCUUCGUGCAUAUGUUCCUUAUAUGUUUGUAUUGCCUGUACGCUCCGUUGUUGUCAGUUCGUUUGUAUUCUGCCCAACAGUGCCUUUUGCAGCUUUGCAGGCGAAGAAUGCUGUUCUUGGUGAUUGUAGGUUGCUUGCAGCUUUUGGGGACCGCUUGAGGAACUGAAUGAUUUGUAGCACAUAAGGGCAUGUGCAGUAAGAAGUCCCAAUGGGCGUCCACAUCGAGUUGAGGGUGAACAUCCCAAACCACCUGUUGCAGAUAGUCAUGUAGAGCUGGCACAUUCAACCGUUUGAAAAUCCAGCGCAUGUUGUUAAUGGGAUAUCUUAGCUCAGUUUUGCUGACAAAACUGAAAGCUAUAACGGCGUGGUCGCUUUUACUCAGGGGAACCAGGAUUGAGAGGUUGUCAACUAGAAAUUCUUCGUUUGUAAAUACACAGUCUGAGUGCGAUUAUGUCUGACUGUUUCUCCAACAAGUUGCCGACUUCAUAUUUUCAUAAAAUCCCAAGUCCUCAAUGAGCUUGAAGAACUGAGCUUCAGUUGAGUUUUCACCUCCAAUAUACGUAUGUUUCUUUCCCCUAGUGAGCCGUGUGACCUAUUCUAGGAAGUUCAAGUUUCUUGUUCAAUUCAUCUAAAGCAUCCUGUCAUUUUUGUCCUGCAAACUGAGAGGAAGGUCAGGGUUGUCUUUCAGGUUCAUGAUUAUGAGAGAGUCAUCACGAAGCGUUAUUAUUUUCCCAGGUUUUCCGGUGCGUUCAGGUUCAGCACCUUGCUGUUUGGAGGUCGAAGCACGUUUCUGAAUCCUAGGCUCUUUGAUGAGCGGACGGACAUUCUUGGGAGUAGACUGUGCGACCAAAUCACCAGUUGAUUUCCGUACAACACUUGGGAUGUUCAGCUUAGACGGUGACGCCUGGUUCUUUUUAGCUCUGUUAACGUUGGCCCAAUCACCUACAGAGUUUUUGGGAACCACUGUUGCAUUCGAGGACCCUGAGCUGGGAGACCCGAGUUUACUGAGGGAGUCUAUUACCGUAGACGUAAUGAUGGUGCUGAGUUUCGACGUGUCAUCAUUAGUGCCAAUGCAUGCUCCAUCGAUGGUAUACCUGUCGACAUCCCUAUUCUUGUUUUCGUUGCGCGCCCUUGUUUGUCUACCCAUUUUAUGACUCAUUUUCCAAGUUUGCUGACAACUUAUUCAGCAGACCUGUCAAUAGGACAAUGAUAUUACUCAGCAAAACUACGGCAUCCGUGCUGCACGUAACACAUUCCCACUUAUGAUCCGACUUCCUGUGUCUGUUGUAAGCAGUUGCUGUGAGAUCUGUGCACGCUUCGUGGAACCAACCUUUGCAGUUGUCGCACUGCAUGCCAGAUGUAGCAGCAAAACGGCAUCCAGGUCGUUUGCAUGAAUUUUUCAUGAUUAUAUUGACGUAAACUGUGUUAUAGAUGCUAGCAAAAGCCUAAGACCGUAAAAAUACACUAAAAACGGAUGAAAUAAACUGAACUAGCCUUUACUUGAAAAACUGAAAAAAAACCGUAUAGUAAGCUCAGGCAAAACCACAGUUAACUAUUAAAUUGGGUAAAACUCGAAAAAAGUAAUCUACCGAACGUAUAGCUUAGAAUAGAUUCUUCAGCAUGUCCACAUUAGUGUAGAUGCAUGUCCCAUCGAUACUACUGUUGUUGAGGUCCCUAUUCUUUUCUUCACUGUGUGUCUUUGUAUGUUUACCCGUUAUAGGACUAUCUUUUUCCCGGUUUUAUGACAAAUUUUUCCGCAGACCUGUCAAGAGAAUGAUAAUGUUGCUCAGCAUUCACGUUACACGUGCUAAAUACCCACCUACGAUUCGGCUUGCAUAAAUUCUUCAUGAUCAUGGUGAUGUGGAUUGAUGAAUAGAUCCUAGAAAAAGUUUACGACCGCAAAACAAAAAACAGUACACUCAAAACGGAUGGUACAGAAGCUUAAGCUAAACUAAAACUAGCCUUGACGUGAAAAAUGGAAUAGUAAUUUGAGGUACAAUUACAGUCAACUAUUAACUUUGGAGAAACUCCAAAAGAAAAGUAAUUUACCGAACGUUGAGCUUAGGACAGAUUCUUUGGAUCAAAAACGGUGCUUUUGUUGCGUAAGGAAACAGCAAAAGCUUGAAAAAUGCAAAUCAUGUUAGGACUAAACUUCCCGUUCCUGUACAUAUCUAAUCUCGCGAAUGAGUCAGUCAAAAAAGUGAACACUUCUACUCCAUCACUGUUUGAUGAGAGUUUACUAGUUUGUAAAACAACCUGUACACUACACGGAUUCUUUUCGUUAUUGGCCUUCGAUUUUACUUCCUAUGUCCUCUCAGUUGUCAUAGACUAAUAGGGGACAAUAGAAAGUAUUUCGGGUCCAAAACCGUUCCUCAGUAUCCUACAUGUCGUAACCAAGUCACCUCAUAAUUCGUGGUAAAGUAGUUUAGAGUUUGCUAACCUGUCAAGCCACUCGGUGUAUGGUACGUUGCUGUCAAAUUUGACCCACUUCUAUUUUCUUUAAAACCAUAUUUAUACAUUAUAAAUGCCUCUACAUCAGAGGUAGUAUUUUUCACCGAUGAAAACCGUUCAAAAAUUUACUUAACUAGGUUUUACGCUAUCUUCAGUUUUAAAUGAAUUUCAUGCCAGAUAAACACGUUCAUUCUUUUCUCAUACCGGCUUUUUUUUCACAGGUUGAGAUUUUGGUCACAAGUCACGCACGGCUUUAUUUAUCAUUAUAGUUGUCAAAAUCAUUUAACGAGAUUCUUCAAACAUGGAUUUGCUUGAUAAGAAUGAACCCAUAUCUUCCAUUCAAGAAUCAAGAGAUGCUUUUGUUGUCAUGGCAGAAAGUGGCAUAGUGGAUGAUGGAGUUCAGUUCCUUUAUGCUGUUGACCUCCUCCGUACUACUCGUAAAGAGGCACUUAAUCUCUCCGUUAAGUUAUUAGAAGAAUUAUUUAAUCGCACAAAAGAUGAUAGUCUACGGCGUGACUGUUUGUUUUAUUUGGCAGUAGCUCACACUAAGCUGUCAGACUAUGAAAACGCAACUCGGUGUUGUGAUAAUAUAUUGGUGAUACAACCGUCAAACCAACAGGUCAAAGAAUUAAGGAAUACAAUACAGUCUCGUGCUAAAAGAGUUGGGAUGAUCGGCUUAGGAGUUGUCGGUGGAAUUGUUUUGGGAGCAGCUGCACUAUUGGGUAUUGGUCUCGGUCGCUACUAUUCUAAACGUCGUAAAUAAGAAUACUGGUUAACUGUACAGUUUAUUCAAGAUUUGUUAUGGAUGCUGAGGAAAAAUAUACCAAUAAUUAUCGUGUUAAGUCUAUGGUGGCCUUGGACCUUAAAUGUACAUUUCCUACUGGUCGAUGUUUAUUUCACUUGUUAAAUAUUGUGUAAGUGUUGUUCUCUAUUUUAUGGUACGAUGUGGUUUGUUUGGUUAGUAUAUAAAUAGAGUAUGUCUGAAAUACAAUGAUUCAUAACUCCGA